AUGGUGGAUGUGUUCAGCGGGCGGCUCCUGGUCAGCAAGGAUGGCCGCAGCGUGGACCCCGAGGAGGCCCUGCAGAACAAGGUCGUGGGUUUGUACUUGUCCGCCGGCUGGUGCUCACCGUGCCGCGACUUCACCCCCGUCCUCUGCGACUUCUACACGGAGCUGCUGGAGGAGACCGAGCCCCCCGCCCCCUUCGAGGUCGUCUUCAUCUCCUCCGACCACAGCGCCGAGGAGAUGGUGGGCUACAUGCGCGCCAUGCACGGGGACUGGCUGGCGCUGCCCUUCCACGACCCCUACAAGCAUGAUCUGAAGAAGAAGUACAACAUCACAGCAAUUCCUAAGCUGGUGAUUGUGAAACAAACUGGAGAAGUCAUUACUGAAAAGGGAAGAAAACAGAUCAGAGACAAAGGGCUAUCCUGUUUCCGGAACUGGCUUGAGGGUGCAGAUAUCUUUCAGAAUUUUUCUAGUUAAAAUGUUGACAAAUAUAAGCAAGAAAGGUAUUGUGGAAAACUUGGUAGAGCUCUGGAAAGCCUCUUGCUUUGUUCAGAAUGAGAAGGAUAAGGCUUAUUUAUUUAUCUUUACUUGUAAACAAAUUUUGGGUUUGACUUGAAGAUCAGUUAUUCUAGUGUCAUAAAAUGCAAUUAUUGUUAUAUUUGUAUUGUUCUAUCUAUGAACCACGGCAUUCCAAAUAAUACUGAAGAACUUCAGAAGAAUAGGCUGUCUAGACAGUAAUAAUAGAAACCCGUGAAAUCUAUGCAAACACUUACUUUGCAAAGUCAACAUAGUAAAAAUAAAUGCAAAAAACUUAUUUAUUGAUGACAUUUUUUCU